AUGUGGUAUAUCGUACUGAUACAUCUUCCUAUGAGGAUUGUCUCAUCUUUCUGCUCUUCCUUUGUGCCAGAAGAGUUUUACAUUGGUGGCGGCCCUCUGGCACUUCCUACUCCCCCUCGUCCGCUCGCCGUCGGUUGCCGUCCCCCGAUGACCGAGAUCAGAGAGCUCCUCAAUGACUUCCCAGUGACCAAGAUCACGGUGACAUCCGGGGCAGGUUCCUCGAUGGCCAGGGCGGAGCUGGAGGAUCCGGAGAUGCUGGAAGAGUGGGACCGUGACAGGACGUUCCUUCUGCGUGGACAGUGUGUACCCGUGUGUCCUGCAGCGACAGAGAUGAUGUUAUGUGUGGCAAACCUACCUCUGGACUAUACGGAGGAACAGUUCAAUGCUCUAGUCAAAUCAUGUGGGGAAGUCAAACGCAGCUUCCUCAUGAUAAGCGAAAAGACUGGAGAAAGCAAAGGUUACGGGUUUGUUGAGUACAAGAGUAGAGAAAUUUCACUACCAGCAAAGAAUGUCCUCGACAGGCAACAGAUCAACAACCAUACGCUUGUCUGUGAUUGGCUGGACUCGAGCCACGUUACAUUUGAAUCACUCCACUCCAAGUGCCUGUUUGUAGACCGUCUUCCAAAAAACUUCCGUGACAUGAGUGAAUUUCGCAAGAUAUUUUCAUCGAUUGUCAACCCUCCAUAUUGCCAAAUUGCCCUGAAGCAUGGGUGUCCGCAGGAUUGGGGGCUUGUAGAGUAUAGUAACUGGGAAGACGCAGAGGCUGCGCAGACUUCACUCAAUGGGUACAAUCUGCACGGUGAAAACAUCAGGAUCAGUUAUUACAUUCCUGGAGUGCGGGCUAUCAACCUCUAUCUGCAGCUGCUUAAUGAUGCGGAACCUAAGGGAAGAUCUACUGGGCUACUUCCUGAACCAACUGGUCAAGCCAUCGUGCAAAAUCUUCAAAACCUUUUCAAACAGAAUCCUAUUUUUGCACAAAACCUGCAAAGUAUAAUUGCCAGUCAAAUACAAGCGGCUCACAGUGGUGAAAUGCCUCCAGACCCUAAAAGGGCAUCUCCCUUAGUUACUAUGCCGGAUCCAGUCAGGAAACCGAUUUAUUCUCCAUCAGGAACAGAGCUUCGAAAAUCUCCCACCAUCCCACCACCGCCACCACCAGGGCCUAGUCCACCGUUGUUCCUCAAGCCCACCCCUCCCCCACCGACCAAGAUACCAUUGCUGCCAAAUCCGUCGAUGGCUCCCCCACCCUCGAGAAGGUUAAGUCUCAGUCCCCCUGCUGGAGAAGUUGCUCCGCCUCUGCCUGUCGAAGAGGAACCCUCCCCCAGCUACUGGGCGGGACUACUGGGACAGCUAAGAGGGGGUCCUCCUACACCCGUCUCCUUCCCUGUACCUCCUCCCGAACCACCGAGUCACCCCUACAACAUGCCUCCUCCCAAUUUCAUUCGAGAGCAUGCUCCUAAUAUGCCCGUAGAGUUGCACCAGAGUCUCAUAAGUCUCCUCAGUAAUCCUCAGAACCUACAACAGAUCUUAACCAAUUUACAUUCCCUGGGUCAACCAGCCUCAGCCACACCUACCUUCACGUAUCCUGGCAUCAACCCGAUGGAUCCGUCCUGGCCAGUAGCCCCGCCUCUACCUCGCUCUCUACUCACAGUUUCUCCCAAACCUGUCAAUUUGCCACCUCCGGUGUUCCCCACAUGGGCUCCUACGUUCCUUCCCCCCUCCCCUCAACCUGUGUUCACUCCCUUCGGAUCUCCGGGCAUCAUUUGGUCACAGGCCUCACCCAUGGUCUCUCCGCAGCCUAACCCUAUGAUGACUCCUAUCGGUCAGAAGAGGAGGUUGUUACCCUCGCCCGAGCCUAGUCCAGAAGGAAACUACAUUGGUCAACAUUCUCAGGGACUUGGCGGACAUUAUGCCGAUUCCUACUUCAAGAGAAAGAAGAAGAACUGAUUUAUUUUAAGUGAAUUUCGCGUUUAGGGGAGAAGUUAUUAUUUUAAUUGUACAUAUACUUUUAUGUACCUCAAAUUUACAGUCAGGUGCUUUGCUGCCCACAAGAGUCAGACAACUGUUUAAAGCCUUAAUAUCUCAUGAUCUCGAGUUAUUAUUAAUUUAAGUAACAGCUAGAUUCAGCUGUGACGUUAUAGGCAUUAACUAGAUCCUAUUAAGUAAGUGCCUUCCUCAUUUGUGAUCAUUACAACUCGUGUAAUAGGAUUUUAUUGUUAUUAUUUUUUACGGUUUGACGUUUGUCUUAAGUUUAUUUAUUGUGAGAAAUAAAUUUAAAGUUUUGUUACAGAA